UGCGCAUGCGCACAAACGUCUAUUCUGUUGUAGAUUGUUACAUGGUGCUGUUAGUGAAGCGGUGGAUUGUUCGUUUAUUUAGUCAAAAAGUUGGACCUCAGAAACAUGGAUAUUUACACUACUUUGUGUUCUUCUUUCAGUGUUCCUCUCUGGGUGGCGCCAUUACUUCAUGCCGCCUCCAGACUAAAAGGUGACCCGGCCAGGCGAAGGAAAUCCUACCGCCUCAUCCAGCGGAGAUUACAGCAGCACGGGAUCGGAUGCGACCAACUGCCCAAACCCACGUACGUUUUUCCGGCUGAAGUGAAGCAGCUGAUUCGCGCCGCCUUCCCGGAGCAAAUCUGCGACUAUCACGACCCUCAGCACCAAAAUGUAACCGCUUCACAGUCUCCAUUCCUCUGAAUGCAGUUUGUUGUUUUUUGGUCGUCACGGUGUUGUUUAUUUUGAUCAGGUGGUCGCUGUCACCCUGGAGGACCUGAACAGUGUGAGAUCAGAUGAUCAGAGCUCUUAGACACAGAUGUUCGGUUGAGUGUGUUCAUGUUGACUUUUGUUUCUGAUCAAUGCAGUUUUGCACGUUUGCUCAAGAAAGUUGAUUCGCAGGAGUCUGAGGAGUUUUUCAAGCACUGAAUGCAUGGAACUGAGUGUGUACUGUAGUGAUGAGUCGUUCAUUUUGAUCUCCAAUGAGGGGCUGAAAACCUUUGUAAUCGUGCAUUAAUGUUAUGUACAUAAUAAACUACUAAAACAGCUUUAACGUCAUUGUGAUCGAGUUUUUCCCUCCUGCUGUGUGAACAGUAGCUGACCGGUGUGACAGGCAGUUCAGCUCAGUGUGAUGGUUAGAGGUUAGUUUACAGCCGGUACCAAGGAGACAGACAUACACAAACCCCCCAACAACCACGAAACCACAAGCAACAACUUCUUCCACAUUUCCAACAAGUUAUAGAACGCAGUGAACAAGGUUUCAUAUAUUUUAAAGCUGCUUCAUUCAGGAAAUUUCUGCAGGAGUUUGGUAACAUGCCUGAUUCAAAGUCUGACAUGGAGCGAGUUGGGCUCUUCAAAGAAAUGGGCUACAUCUCCAUAGGAGACAAAUACAGACCUUUCAAUUAUCGUCCAUUUAAUGAGGCUGCCCAUAAAAAUAAGCAGAUGUUGGUCAGUGGGCCAAAGACGAAAUCAGCACUCCAGGCUGGCUACUUUGAUACAGGGUUCAAGCGGAUCUUUGAGAACGAGGCGUUGACCGACAAAAUCCAAAUCCAAAGGCAGUACCAGAUUCAGCAGGCCAAGAAGAACUUAACAAAGGCAUUUUUACCCUGCAGUGGGGAAAAGAAAUCCUCAGGUAUUGGCAGUUACUAUGGAACACUUGGUGGCCCUUUUCAGGCUAUGAGUCCCCUGCUGAUUCCCAAGAAGCCAUACAAAUCCCCAGGCAAGAACAUAUUCACUAGUCCACCCAAGAAAGGAAGUGGAUAUGGCUUUCCAGGUGUCACACUGUCCAAAUUGGAAUUGUAUUCUUCUGACCCCUAUGAUCGUGUGAGAGAGCUGCUAAAGCAUCAGAAGACAGCUCACAAAUCUCAGAUGAAAGGAGGGCCAUUUCGAUUAAACCUUCAUCCAAGGGAAUGUUUCGAUAGCAAUCCGUACAAGUUUAAUAAACCUCUGCCACUUUCAGCCAUACCAGAGGAAAAGAAGCAACACUUUGCUGUACCCUUCAAACCUCCAUCUCCAAGUAAAAGGAUUGGAGGAAUGAAAGCAGGAACAUUCGAUGCAUAUCCGUCCCAUUCCACCGACCCCUACGUCAUUAAGAAGCCAAAGUCAGUGAGCACAAAUAAGGAGAUGAAAAUCUUCCACCCAUCAAUUGGCCCAAAGAGCAUGCCAGUUAAAAGCAUAAUCUCUCUGAAUGUAAACAGGUUUGUGAACUCCACCAAUUACAAUCAAGUCCCCUCUGUAAUGGCAUACUAAGUGGCGAGGUCUGGAAGCAGCCAUUUCAUGAUGUUGUAAAUCUGAAAAUCAAUUCAAUCUCCUGGGUAACAUCCUGUUGCAAGUAUAAUUUCAUUAGUGCCAGACACGAAUGCUCUUGUGGCUGCAGGCACGCAUACCUGUAAACCAUACCUGUCAUACUUUUCUUACAAACCCCUUUUAUCUUCUCAUCAUUGUGAUAUUCUGAAGUAUGUUGUUAGACUGAAAGAUAAAAGCAGCAAAGCAGCAGAGCUCACUGUGGUCAGAUUUGCAAAACAGAUUGUAGACCAGAACCAGAAGGUCCUGAACAUUUUCACUUGCAA